AUGGCUGUGUUUGGUAUUGCGUCGGCAAAUGCGAAUGACGAAAUCAGCAACUUCCAAAUGGGCAGAUACGUCAGUACUAAUGAAGCACUGUGGCGAUUAUUGUCAUUUCAAAUUCAUGAAAGAUAUCCCACAGUUGUACAUUUAGCAGUGCAUUUGGAAAAUGGCCAAAGAGUUUACUUCACUGAGGCUAAUGCGGCACAACGAGCUGAGAGACCACCAUCGACAACAUUGACUAGCUUCUUUGCAAUGUGUGAAGCAGAUCCAUUCGCAGCGACGCUGGUGUACGUUGAAAUGCCCAAGUAUUACACUUGGAAUCAAUCAACAAAGAAAUUCCAACGUCGCAAACAAGGAACCCCAGUUCCAGAUUGGCCACAAGUGUUUUCCACUGAUGCACUAGGUCGCAUGUAUACUGUUCAUCCUAGAAAUGAUGAAUGUUUUUAA